CUCUCCCUGAAAGGCGGUUGUUUAGACUGUCUUCGGUAGCUCUCAGUGGCUAACGGGGUAGUUUGAACCGAAAAAAUACAGUUUUAUGGUAUAUGUGUUCAGUGUUGAUUGUUCCAUAAGAAAUAUGAAUGAUUCUGCGAAACGCUCCCUGCAGCGGCUGUUGCGACGAAUCCCUUUUCGGAUGCUGAAAACCUCUCUGGAUAAGUGGGAACGUCUGACGGCAGAGCAGCGAAGAGCCAUAGAUUUAACUCCAACAAAACGGGACUUAAUACAAGAAAUACUCUCCCUUUGUGAGGAGAACAAAUGGACUGAAAAACACAUUGCAGAACUGCAGAUGAUAUAUGUUGCUGAGAAUUCUGACCAGGAUAUGUGGCACACCUACCAACUUGUGGAUCCUGAUGAUGAUGCUCGCUCUGUAGAUCUAAUCCAGUUUAAGGAGCAAUUCAAAUCCCAUUUCCGUGAAGUCCAAAGAAACGUGUUUGUUAAAAUUAGGAAGCACACAGAUGAAGCUGUUUGGAUCCGGAUCGCCUGGGGAGAAGGCUUAUCUCCACCAAACAAUCUGAGAGCCUCAUAUGUUGUCCAUCAUCUUCAGACUCCUUAUGUUUAUGUGAGCAGUCUGUCGUCAAAGCAUAAGCCUCUGCUAUUGCAGGCCUUGGCUUUUUCCACGAGACAUAGAGGAAUUAAGGAUGCUAACCUAAGUGGACGGAAACUGACUGCCCUCAGGGACCUGCUGAUGAGGCAAUACCAGCAUGUGUUUACAACAAAGUUCCCCAGCCCUCUCAAAGAGCAGAAUCAAAGCCCCUUAAUUGAAAAAGAGCAAUCUGGGCCAUCAGCAAAAAGACAUCGAAUGGCAAUAGAAGCCUUCGGUGAAGGGGCGUUACCUGCAAUACAGACUGCAGUCUAUAAGCUGGAAACCAAAUUCAAAGACCCCACUAAUGAAACCAUGACUGAACGGGAUGAGCCAUUUAGAUGUGCUGUUAAAUUUUCGAGCACCAACCUCCUGGAGUCACUCAGAUCCUGUGCAUCCUCAGGAAUUGCCUCAACCCCCCUCACUCCCUUGCUGUCAUCUAUUCCCCUUAAAGGAAGGAAUUAUUUUGUCAUCACAGAUAAUGCUCCCAGCGCCUGCUCACAAAUGUCCCAGACGAAGAACUGAUUUACAGUUUGGCCCCUCACUCUAACCUUUGUUCAGUCCUGUUCCGUCAAACUGACUUGCAGAUAACAGCUUAUCCAUAGCAAAGGUUUAAGGUAAACAUCACCAUUUGAUAUAUCUCUUUUUCAAAACAUCAAUGGAAUCUGUGUUAUUAAAGCCAGUGUCUAACUUGUUCCUCUAUGUGAGCCAAGGAUUAAAGAGUGGACGAUUAGUUAUGGUUCCAUAGAAAUUUUGUUUUCUUUUUGUAAAAUAAUUGUACAAUUAUUGUCUUAAACCUUUAAAUAAAGUUU